AUGAAGAUGGAGAGGAAGAAACGCGGGGCCUCGGCGACUGCCCGCAGCCAAGCAGUGCUCAGCGGGGCCCUGUGCAGUGGAGAACGGGCGGCCACCAGCGCUCCCGGCCGGGGGAGGGUCGCACCACUGGGCUUAAAGAAUCAAUCCCGAGUGAAGCUGAAUAUUGUGAGAUGUCCUCCAGUAACCACCGUGUUAAUCCGAAGACCAGAUCUUCGCUACCAGCUGGGUUUCAGUGUCCAGAACGGAAUUAUCUGCAGCCUCAUGCGAGGGGGAAUUGCUGAGAGAGGCGGCGUCCGCGUGGGACAUCGCAUCAUUGAAAUCACCGGGCAGAGCGUCGUGGCCACCCCCCACGAGAAGAUCGUCCACAUUCUCUCCAAUGCCGUCGGGGAGAUUCACAUGAAGACGAUGCCAGCUGCCAUGUACAGGCUGCUGACAGCCCAGGAGCAGCCCGUGUACAUCUGAGCCGUGCACCUUGCAGCGGCCUGCAUGGAGGACUGUCCUCGUCGUGGUUGUGUUUCUCGUGCUGCAUCCGUGUGUCCGCUGAGACAUUCCCUCUCACGCCCAGCAUUCGGCUUUACAUAGGAAGAGAAGAAUCCGCAAGGACCUCUUUGUUCUCUCUCUCCACUUUGCAUUUUCUUUUAAUACCAGGGAAGUUUUGUGUGCACUCCCUUGAGGCGGGAGAGCAGCCUUGUCCACCUGGUAUUUGCCCAGAAGCAUCCUGGAGGGCCUUGGGAGGGUCCCUGAGGAGGGCUGUCACUGUCCAAGGGGAUCAUCCCAUCCCAAGAGGUGCAGACCUCCUAGAAGGAGCUCCCGGGGGCAGCAGAGUCUGCCUCGCAGCACCUGAGGGCUGGGUGCUGAGCUCUGCUCUCUGCUUCGAUUAUGGGAAUGUGGUAGCAACGGGGACCAGCCCCAGGGUCAGGGGCAUCUGCACUGCCCGCCAGGUCGUUGGGGUACCACACGUUGUGUCUGCCCAGAAUUUCUGAGCCGGCCUUAAACCUCUUCUAUAGCUACAUUUAGUUUCCAUGUUAUGUGUUUUCUAAUAUGGGCCUUCUCACCCAGGAUCAAAGGGGCAGUAACUGCCUUGGACAAGGAGACCGUCAUGUGGCAGAGAGCUCAGCAGUUCAUGGGGCGUCCAAGGCUUCGCCAGCUUAUCCCAGGAUCGCCAACCAUUAGAUAAGCACAGGCAGGUCCUAUCUGCCUUUCUCUCUCUC